GCCUUGUAGCUCAAAAUGUUCUUAAUAUAAAUAAUCUAGUAAUUAAUAUUCGCAUAUUAGAUGAUGGAUAUAAUGUAGGUAGAAAAAUCAAACAUGUAAUAAUCACUUGUACAGUUUUGGAUGAUAUUUUAAAUAUUUAUAAAGCUAAUUCAUACUAUACAAUAAUUCUAUAUUCAGGAGGAGAAAACUAUAAAAUAUUACAAAAAGUAAUGGAACUAAUGAUUAGUGAAUUACAUAAUUUGAUAACUAAUAGAUUAGAUUCUAACAGAAUAAAAUGGAAAGUUAAACUAUAUUUUAGUAGUGAUUAG